CACGUUGGAAAUGGCGGAUUCUGCGGACCUGAAGUAUUUGAUAGGCGAUCCUUUGCGUGAUUUCCAUAUGGUUAUGAGUUUCCGUGUAUCCGAACUGCAAGUACUGCUGGGAUUUGCAGGAAGAAAUAAGAGUGGUCGCAAGCAGGAGCUACUGCAACGAGCUUUACUCUUGGUUCAGAAGGGGUGUUCUAUGCCAGUGCAAAUCAAAAUCAGAGAACUCUAUAGAGCAGGUUCCAAGUUUGAGCUCCUGUGUUCUUGGAUUGAGAGUGAUGUCUCUUCGCCUAACUGGCUCAAGGGUGAAUCCUCUCCCGCACUUUUCAUAUUUACAAAUUUACGCAUCAACACAGAGAAGACGGUUCACUGGUUCUGGAAGCCCCCAGGUGUUAUGGUACCCACUGAGGGUAAUCAGCAGAUGGUCAGCCCAGGAAUGAGUCCUCUUGGACCACUAGACUUCAGUAAUAAAAACAUAGCUAGUGUCAGCCCAGUAUCGACAGGAAUUCCUGUGCAUCCUGAUGUACGCUUCAAACGACUGCCAUUUUAUGAUGUCCUUGGAGAGCUUCUCAAACCUACCAGUCUAAUGCCAAAGAGUACAAGCCGCUUUCAGGAAUCCGGUUUUGUAUUUCAUCUGACACCUCAGCAGGCACAAGAUAUUGCCAUGUCAAGAGAUUUUCGUCCUGGAGCCAAGUGUGAAUAUACUGUUCAGGUCCAGUUAAGGUUUUGCCUUCUUGAAACCAGCUGUGAACAAGAAGAUAACUUCCCCCCUAGCAUCUGUGUCCGGGUAAAUGGAAAGAUGACUGCAUUACCAAAUCCAAUUCCAACAUCAAAACCAGGUGUAGAGCCUAAACGUCCUGGUCGGCCUGUUGACAUAACCUCAUUAUGCAGAUUAUCUCCCACAGUUUCAAAUCAUUUGGAUGUAUCUUGGGCAUCAGAAUUUGGAAGAGGUUACUGUUUGGCUGUCUAUUUGGUCCGUCGUCUUUCUUCAGAUAUUUUACUUCAACGCCUGAAACAGUUUGGUAAUCGACACUCAGAUCACACCAGAGCCUUAAUAAAGGAAAAACUGGCACAUGAUCCAGAGAGUGAAGUUGCCACAACCAGUCUCAGAGUCUCCCUCAUGUGUCCGCUUGGCAAAAUGCGAAUGGUCAUACCUUGUCGUGCAAGUACUUGCACCCACUUACAGUGUUUUGAUGCUUCCACUUUUUUGCUGAUGAAUGAGAAAAAACCUACAUGGAUCUGUCCAGUCUGUGACAAACCUGCAACUUUCGAUAAACUGAUUAUUGAUGGAUAUUUUGUUGAGAUCUUUCGCCAGUCGCCAGAAACCAACGAGAUUGUUUUUCAUGAAGAUGGCAGCUGGACAACCUUGAAGCAGCAGAAAGAGACACAUGUGAUUGCUAGUCCAGUUGUGCUACCUGCUGCCAUAGUGACCCAGCCAGUCCCCCAGUCUAGCUCAUCUGGUUCAAAGCAGCAAGAUGUGAUUGAUUUGACCCUUGAUAGUUCUGAUGAAGAUGAUAUUCAAGGUCCCAGCACACCAGUCACCAUUACUCCAGGACCCAGUCAUGGUUCAGAUGCCAGUAACAGUAGCGGCUGUGUAAGUCCAGCUGUCAUCAACCUGGAUGCUCCAACACCCUCCCCAAUUGCAGUUUCCUGUCACUCCUUGUCAGCAAGUCCAGCAUCUAUGGUGAUCUCUUCAUCUCAUUCUGCAUCACAGUCACCGUUUUCCUCUCCUGGACCAUCUCCUGUACCAUCUACAUUGUCCUCGAUCCCUACUUUGACCUCAUCAGCUAUGGCAUCUACAUCAGGGGCUCCUCCUCCUGCUCACUCUUUACCACAGAGGCCACACUCAUCUCAUCGAAAUUCAUCAUCAUCAUCCUUUACUUCUGGUUCUUUAUUGGGAGCUCCGCCACCACUGACCACACCCACAGGACUGUUGGUGCCAGGAUCAGGAGCAUCAUCUCAUUUGCCCAUUGGCCCAAUCAAUCUGGAGGCUCUUUCUGAACAAGAGUUUGAGGAAUUCCUUCAUGGCCUCUCCUGGGGUGUUUGACAAACCUGACAAUAAGUGUGGCACUUCUUGUGUAGAUGGAAGUCUAUUUCAGGGACAUUAUGAACAAAUAAUUUAAUGCAAUGAGAAUGAGAGAAUAAAAUAGGUAUUAUUGACCAAGAUAUUGUAUAACUUGUGAACAGUGGUCAUCACAAAAUUCCUGUACAAAAUAGCCUGCAUGACAAUAAAGCCUUUGUGUCAGUUGCA